AUGAAGCUGCUUCCCGUGGCCUGGGGCGGUCUGCUAACCCUUUUGCAGUCCGCCGCCAUGGCUUCCGCCAACGACUCUAGCCAGGAGUCGGGGGCCGGUCUCAAAUGCGUCAUGUACCUUACUGGACAGCACCCCGACGUCCCCUCCAAGGAGCUCGUGGCUUACGUCACCCAUGUAGAGCUGGCCUUCAUGAACUCGGACAUCUUCAAUCAGGACGUCUCCGAGUGGCCCCUCUUCACCACCGUUGACAAGGUCCGCACCCAGUUCAUGCCCGGCACCAAGGUUAUGGUCGCCAUCGGCGGCUGGGGUGAUACCAAGGGCUUCAACACGGCCGCCCGCACCCCGGAGUCGCGCCAAAAGUGGGCCCAAAAUGUCGCCGGUAUGGUCAGGGCUACCGGCGCAGACGGUAUCGAUAUGGACUGGGAGUACCCUGGUGGUAACGGCGAGGAUUAUAAGAUUGUUACCAACGAAGACAAGAAGUGGGAGAUUGACGCCUAUCCCCUGCUGCUGGAGGAGCUCCGCAAGCAGCUCCCCGACGGCAAGCUUAUCUCCGCCGCGACGCCAGGGCUUGAGCGCGACAUGAUUGCCUUUACCAACGAGACGGUCCCCCUCAUCAUGCGCAGCCUUGACUUCGUCAAUGUCAUGACAUACGACAUGAUGAACCGCCGAGAUGUCGUCGCGAAGCAUCACACGGGCUUGGAGUUAUCAAGAAUCGCCGUCAACAACUACAUGGCCAGAGGCGUUCCGGCCGACAAGAUUAACCUUGGCUUUGCCUUCUACACCAAGUGGUUUAAUACGACCGACUGUCCGGAAGGACAAGAGCUUGGGUGCCCUAUGCCACUAAUGGAGGAUCCUGUGACCGGCGGAGAUCUGGGCCAGACAGGCGGCUUCAGCUGGAACGACAGCAUUCCGGACUACGUAAAAGCCUCGUUCGACAGAUCCCAAAACGAGGGCAAGUAUGACGAGAAGGGCGGUGGCUACUACUACCUUGAUAGGGCCGAAAAACGAUUUUGGACGUAUGACACCCCCGAUGCCAUACUUCGUAAGUUUCCCGCCCUUGUUGAUGAUCAGAGCCUCGGCGGAGUUUUCGCUUGGGGCCUGGGCGAAGACGGUCCCGACUUCAACAACCUCAAGGCCGUCAAUAAAGCGUUGGCAGAGCGCAAAAACGGGGAAGGGGCAGGAGGAGAUUGUGGUUCUGGCCGUCAUGAGACUGAUGAGCUGUAG